AAUAUAGUUCUACAUUUAUAUUUAAUUCCCUUUGGUUUCUGUUAUUUUUUAAUACAGCAACACUUUUAGUUGUCACUUGUCAAGCGUUUUAUCGAGAUUUUGAAAUGUAAAUAUUGAAAACAAGUUUUACACUGAAUGUUAUUAUUCAGAUAAGCGAACUUUAGAUUAAUGACAUUUUAUUAUUAGCUUGUAAGAAGUAAAAACGGCAAAAUGUUUGCAUUACGGAAACAAACAUUUACUCCAUUAGCUUUAAGAAUUCGUAAUACACAUAAUGAAUACAUAAUAACAAAUGAAAACAAUGGCACUCGAGAGAUAAUCUUAAACCAUGAGAAAACAAAAAACUCAUUAUCAAUAAACAUGAUGAGCUACUUAAUACAAGCUAUAAAUGCCAAUAAUGAAGACACAUCUUUACGAGCUAUUGUACUCUCAGCAAAGGGUAAUGUGUUUUCGGCAGGACAUAAUUUAAAAGAAUUACAAAUUACUGAUGGGAAAGAACAGCAUAAACUUGUUUUCAAGAAAGCUGUAGAACUGAUGAAUUCAAUAAUAGAUAGUCCUGUUCCAAUAAUAGCUAAGGUAAAUGGUUUUGCAACUGCUGCAGGAUGUCAAUUGGUUGCAUCAUGUGAUAUGAUUGUGUGUUCAAACACAAGCAAAUUUUCUACACCCGGGGCUAAUUUUGGAAUAUUCUGCUCGACUCCAGGGAUACCAUUAGCGAGAUCAGUGCCAAAAUCUAGAUCAAUGUAUAUGUUGCUAACAGGUCAACCCAUUAAUGCUAAAGAAGCUUAUGAGAGUGGUCUUGUUACCAAAGUAGUGGCUCCCGAAGACCUGGAUAAAGAAGUGACAAAAAUAAUUGAUCAGAUAAAACAGAAAAGUCGCUCAGUAGUUACUUUGGGAAGAUAUUUCUUCUAUAGACAAAUAAACUUGAACAUCUUUGAUGCAUAUAAAUUAGGCCAAGAAAUAAUGGUAAAUAAUACUGAAAUGGAUGAUGGACAAGAGGGUAUUAGGAGUUUUGUAGAAAAACGUAAGGCUCAAUGGACACAUAAAUAAUGAAUCAUAUACAUUUUUAUAUUAAUGUAAACUUGUGCCAGCAGCACUGAAAAUGUUAACAUCGCUGUAGUUUUUGAGACUACCCUCAUAUUUCCUCUGUUUGAGGUAUACAACAUAACAAUGAUCACUGUCAUAAACAUAUAAAAAAAAUCAUACUCUUAUAGCAUUGAAAUAAAACAAUUUUUAUUUA